AAGUGCAAGAAAACAGUGAACAUUUUCAAGAUUUCUAUUCACGGGGGCGGCUUCUUUUUUUCAUUCUACCUAUAAACUUCCUCUCUUAAUUAUAACAAUUCACUAUUAUACUAUAUAUAUACACUCACUUUGUUACAUCAUUUUCUCCAUCUAAAAAGAACUUCCCUUUGCCUUUUCUUUGAAAAAGUAAGUAAUCUUUUGGAUGAUAAAAAUCAAAGAGUACUACACCAUGGAAGCCCAUCAAGUUCAUCAAGAAACUCAUGAUCAUGAUCACUUGAAUAUGGUGAUCAAGAGAAGGCGGACUAAGCGACCUAGGCCGCCUUCUCCUCUAGCUUUAGGGAUUACUACUAGCUCGUGUAGCACAGUGGAAGGCGCUACCUGUAGUGGUAGUGGUGGUGAAUUGGUGGACGGACAUGUGGCGAACUCAUCAUUGCAUUCCAAUAAUUGUGGUGGGAUUGAUGGGAUCGUGAAAAAUACGGAUCAAGAAGAAGAAGAUAUGGCGAAUUGCUUGAUUCUUUUAGCACAAGGCCAUAAUUACCAAAAGUCCUCUCAAUCUCCACUAUUGGAAGUUUACCAAUGCAAGACGUGCAACCGUUCCUUCCCUUCUUUCCAAGCACUUGGCGGGCAUAGAGCAAGUCAUAAGAAACCAAAAACCCUAGAAGAUAUCAAGAAUUCGAAACCAAUUGAUCAUCAACAAGUCGAGAACCACCUGAAAUUGAACAAUGAAGAUCAUGUCACAACUCUAUCACUCCAAAUCCCGAAUAACACCACCAACAACAACAAUAGCAACAACAACAAUAACAAGAACAAGAAUAGGGUUCACGAGUGCUCGAUUUGUGGUGCCGAAUUCUCUUCGGGUCAAGCUUUAGGUGGACACAUGAGAAGGCAUAGACCAUUACCAAAUAGUAUUGCAAUUGCAUCAAGCCAUAGCCAUGAAGAGUCUCAUCAUGAACAAAUCAAGAACACAAGGACUUUCUUGUCAUUGGACCUUAAUCUCCCGGCGCCAGAAGACGAUCACAGGCCGGAAAAUAAAUUCACCUUUGCUUCAAAAGAACAAGUCAUCGUCUUCUCAGCUUCUCCUUUGGUUGAUUGCCAUUACUAAUCGAUCAGCACCUUCUUUUUUUAAUUUUUUCAUUUUAAUCUUGAUUUAUUUCAACCAUUGACAAUUGUGAAUUGUUAACAUUUAUUUGUAUUAUCAUAUAUUUGACGAUUUAAUUAAUAGACAUAAUUCUUUGGAAUU